AUAAGAAGCCUGGCCAAGAAGUGAAGAAAAGAUGGCGAACUUAACGUUGACUUUUAUAUUUCUCGCCUUUUCCGUUGUCUUUAUGCCACAAAUAAGUGGCAAAAUCGAUAACAGAGAUGUCAUUUGGGAACAGAGAGUCUUCAAGAGUCCUCACUAUGUUCAUUACGAUGAACUUACUAAUUUUUUAAAGACAUUUUCGCGAAGAUAUAAGAACAUCGCAAGACUUAUUUCAGUGGGGAAGUCAGUGCAGAAUCGUGACUUAUGGGUGAUGCAGAUCACUGAUAAUCCAGAUAUCAUUGAACCUGGUGAACCAAUGUUUAAAUAUGUGGGCAACAUGCACGGGAAUGAAGCCAUUGGUAGACAAGUAUUGGUCAAUUUGAUUCAUUAUCUUCUUCAACACUACGGCAAACCCGGUCAUGAACGGAUUACUAAGCUGGUUAAUAAUACGAAUAUUUUUAUUAUGCCGUCAAUGAAUCCUGACGGAUUUGAAGCGGCAAAUGAAGGAGAGUGUGAUGGUUUACUAGGACGUGCUAAUAUAAACGGUGUGGAUUUGAAUCGAGAUUUCCCUGAUCAGUUUUCGAGUUGGGACACAUACGAUGCAAGUAAAUCUCAACCAGAGACCAAGGCUUUAAUAAGAUGGAUUUAUAAGAACCCAUUUGUGUUGUCAGCAAAUCUCCAUGGAGGGUCGGUAGUUGCUAGCUACCCAUAUGAUAGCAAUAGCCAAGGAAUUGAGGUACAUCAGUAUAGUAAAUCCCCUGACGACAAAGUAUUCAGGCAUUUAGCUCUUACUUAUUCAAGAAAUCAUUUAACUAUGAGUAAGGGAGAUCCAGAUUGUGUUGGAGGAAAGCACUUCCGUAAUGGGAUUACUAAUGGUGCCUAUUGGUAUAAUGUCCCUGGCGGCAUGCAAGAUGUCAACUAUCUAAUUAGUAAUUGUUUUGAAAUUACAUUAGAGUUGUCUUGUUGUAAGUACCCAGAUGCCGAAAAUUUACUCAAAGAAUGGAGGAAGAAUAAAAAGGCUUUGUUGGCUUAUAUAGAAGAAGUUCAUAAGGGGAUUAAAGGAUUUGUGAAGAACAGGAAUGGUCAAGGAAUAAAAGGAGCCAUUAUUCAUGUGGUUGGUCUUGCCCAUAAUGUUACUACAUAUAAGUAUGGAGAUUAUUGGAGAUUAUUGACACCUGGGAAUUACACUGUAGUUGUGUUUGCAGCUGGUUAUACAAGCGUUAACAAGUCACAUGUCAUUGUUAACGAUGGUCCUCCCACUGUGAUUAAUUUUGAGUUACAAAAAAACAAUAUUUUUUUACAAGAUUUACAAAAGCCAAAUAUUCCUCCAUGGUUGAGAGACUUAAUAUCAACAGAUAAGAAACCCCUUAGGAUCGUUAAACGAAGCCUUGAUGAUGAUGUGUCCUUAACAACUUCCAAGGUUCCAUAUUCAUUCAUUCCUACCACUGCUGAGGAGUUUAGACAGAUUAUUAAAGACUGGAUUGAACCAAGAAUAUUCAAGCACCAUAAUCAUCAAGAAAUGACUGUGUUAUUGAAGGCAAUUGCUCGUUUGUAUCCUAACAUUACAAGGCUUUAUUCAAUAGGGAAAUCAGUGCAAGGAAGAGAUUUGUGGGUGAUAGAAAUUACUGAUAAUCCUGGAAUCCAUGAACCAGGUGAGCCAGAGUUCAAAUAUGUAGGAAACAUGCAUGGCAACGAAGUGAUUGGAAGAGAAGUACUUCUGCUUUUAGCCCAGGGUUUGUGUGAAAACUACCACAAAAUUAGUGCAAUUACUGCCCUAGUCGAUUAUACUCGCAUGCAUAUCAUGCCUUCAAUGAAUCCUGAUGGACACGAAAUCUCUAUUGAGGGAGACAGAGAUUCUUCUAAUGGAAGAGAGAAUGCACAUCAAGUUGAUCUGAACAGGAACUUUCCCGAUCCUCUUUCUGAUAUAAAUAUCAAAAGAGAGCCCGAGACUAAGGCUAUCAUGAAGUGGCUGACAGAGUACCCAUUUGUAUUGUCAGCUAAUUUACAUGGAGGGUCUGUUGUUGCUAACUAUCCCUUUGAUGACUCAGUAUCAAGGAGAGAAGAAUACAGUAAAAGUCCUGAUGAUGAAGUCUUCCGAUUUCUUGCGAUGAAGUAUUCCAAAGCACACCCAACAAUGGCUAAUGGAAAACCACCCUGCUUAGAUGAGCCCACUGAAAUAUUCAAAGAUGGUAUAACUAAUGGUGCAAAAUGGUACAAUGUUAUUGGUGGAAUGCAGGACUAUAACUAUCUCCAUAGCAACUGCUUUGAGAUAACAGUUGAGAUGAGUUGUGUUAAAUACCCAUAUCAAACACAACUCAAAUCAUUUUGGGAUGCUAAUAAGGUGCCCUUGCUUACAUUCAUGGCGCAGGUCCAUACUGGUAUUAAAGGUUUUGUAACAAACACUGCCAAUACUGGGAUAUAUGGUGCUGUAAUAUCAGUAUCGGGUAUAGUACAUCCAAUCACAACAGGUAAAGAUGGUGACUAUUGGAGACUUCUUACCCCAGGCAGUUACACGGUCACUGCUUCUGCUAAGGGCUAUCAAUCACAGACCAUGGCUGUAACUGUGAAUAAUGGUUUGGCUACUACUUUGGAUUUCAUGUUAUUGAAAGUUGGUGAGAUAAGAACAACACCAGUUGUAACCAUAACACUUCCUCCCUCGACACCACAAUCACCACCAUCAGUUGCCAUGGAAAUAACACCUACAACACAACCUUCUACCGUUCACUCACCAACUGAGAGACCUUAUACUUACCAUAAUUAUGCACUGAUGACAAACCUUCUUACACAAUAUGCUAAACGAUGCUCAAAUAUCACCUCACUGUCAAGUAUUGGCACCAGUCUGAAAGGAAAAAACAUCUGGUCAAUGGAGUUGUCAUUUAAAUCAAAUCACCAUGGCAACAGCUAUAGACCUAGCGUUGGUUUGGUAGGAAGCUUACAAGGAAAGGAUGUGGUAGGACGUGAGCUCUUAUUGACAUUUAUUGAAUACUUGUGUGAGGGAUACAGGAACAGAGAUGCACGUGUUGUAAAGCUACUGCAAGCUACAGAUAUUCAUGUCAUCCCCUUGGUAGAUGUGGAUGGAAAUGAAAUGGCGAUAGAGGGAGAUUGUGAGGGCAAGACCCACCCACAAGAUGAUCUGUCAAGAAGCUUUUAUUACGAUACCAAUACCAAACGAAGACGUGAUGUACCUGACAAAAUAACAUCUUUCCUGCAGUCAGCCGCACAAGAACCUAAAGAAGUAACAGCAGUAAAAAAGUGGAUGAAAGAGAAAAGAUUUUCAUUACUUGCUGACAUCAAUGGUGGAGAGCUUGUCGCAAGAUACCCUCUAAGCGGCCAUUCAAGUGAUGACAAACGUGUCAAAGAUUCAUCAACAGCUGACCAAUCAACGUUUAUUGACAUUGCGUCAUCUUAUGCCAAACGUCAUCCCACAAUGCACUUGGGUCACGGGUGUAAUGCUUCAGUAGAUCAUUUUGAUAAUGGGAUUGUAAAUGGUGAUAAAUGGAAGGAACUGCAUUACACUAUGCAGGACUAUGCCUAUCUCCAUCUCAACAUGCUGCAGAUGUCAUUCUUUGUUUCUUGCUGUAAAUACCCCCAGAGGAACAGUUUUACGCCUAUUCUCAAGGCAAAUGGUCUGCCGUUACUUGAAUUGGUCGAGAAAUGCCAGCAGGCUGUAGUGGGUACUGUUCAUACCUUCAACCACACGCCAAUAGCCAAUGUGUCUAUUACUGUAGCUAAUUCUGCUAUACAAAUAGACGUUCAUCAGACAAAUGCAAACUUUUACAAAAUACUUGCGCCAGGGAAAUACAGACUUACAGCACAUGCCCAGGGUUAUUCCAGCAGUACCAAAGAUGUACAGAUAAAGUCAGGAAAAACGACUAAUGUCAUGUUUAACUUACAUAAAAUACCCAAAUUCAAACAUCACAAGGGUGAAUCGAUUGGUCGAUGGAUGAAGGACAUGUCCAACAGAUGCCCUGAUAUAUCACGUGUCUAUAAUAUCGGUAUGACGUCACAGAUCCGUCGUUUGUGGGUGAUGGAGCUGUCCAACAACCCAGGCAAACACGAACCAGGAGAACCGGAAGUCAGAUAUACUGCAGGUAUCCAUGGCAACGAGGUGGUUGGUAAAGAACUGCUGUUGUUAUUGAUAGAGCAUUUGUGUUUGAGUUACGGCAAAGAUGACGUAGUAACACGCCUGCUCAAUACCACUCGUCUGCACUUCCUGCCUCUUAUGAACCCAGAUGGCGCUACUCUCGCUGAGGAAGGGGAUUGUCACUCAACUAAGGGAAGAGACAAUGCAAGAGGUGUAGAUUUGAACUCUAACUUCCCAGGAAUUUACAGCAAGACCCACAAGGUCCGCGAACCAGAGACACAGGCGAUUAUGAAAUGGUUAAAAGAAAAUCCGUUCGUCUUAGCAGCCAACUUGUAUGGAGGUAGUCUACAUGCUGGCUACCCUUACUAUGCCCACCCUAAAGACAUAACUUCUGCUAAUCUACCUCCCGACGAUGACGUAUUCCGUUACCUGGCAACUACUUAUGCCAACGCACAUCCCACUAUGCAUCAUGGGAAGCCUUCGUGCCCAGGCCUUGAGGCGAGGGAAGAGUUUGACAAGGGAAUAACCAAUGGAGCUGCUAGAAGAAGCUACAGCGGUGGGAUGCAAGACUAUAGUUAUGAUAAUACGAACUGCUUUGAGAUAUCCGUGUAUGUUGGUUGCUGUAAGUUCCCAUAUGCUCGUGAAUUGGAACACCUCUGGAAGGAAAAUAAAGAUGCCCUUAUGCAGUUUGCUUUUCAGGCUCAUCGUGGUAUUCGCGGCUUUGUACGGGAUGACAAAGGCAACCCAAUCAAAGAUGCUGUUAUAUCAAUCAAUGGCAGGCAACAUGACGUCACUACUGGCGAACACGGAGACUACUGGCGACUUCUAGUUCCAGGAAAAUAUGAAAUCACGGUCUCAGCACCAGGAAGAGGCAAGACUACUAAGCACAUUGAAGUCUUACCGAAUGAGCCAGCAAUGCAGGUGGACUUAAUGGUCAGCAGUAAGGGGUUCCCGUUUGGAAUGCCAGCCAUGAUUGUUGCUGCUAUUUGUGUUCUUGUUCUUAUCACCCUUCUUUUGGUUUGUUGUGGAUUAUGGAAAAUUAACAGGCGAAGAAAACUAAGAACUGCUUUACGAAGAGGCGGUUACCAAAAUGAUUAUGACAACGCCCUGUCAAUCGAUUCAUUCAACUCGAAAGCCUUGCUUAAUAAUGAUUACUCUGAUGAUACAGAAGACGACGAAGAAGACAUUAUUUUAGAACAUCCCAGAAGAUGAACAUACUUUAAAUAGUUCAGCUCCGAUCCUAUUUUAAUCGAUUGAGUAGAAUGUUUGUUAAUUAUCGACGAUAAGUGAAAAUAAUCGAAAACAUUAAUGAAGCGCAUCGUUGUUCUUUUCAUCCAUUGGGUGAUGACGUCAUGGUACUACAUUUACCAUAAUCCUUAUCAAAAUUGUCUAGAAUGCUAGAGCACGAAAAUAUAUUAAGGACUGAUGAGCUCGUUACCAUCACGCCAUAUUACCUUCUUAAAACGAGCAACUAUGUCAAAAUAAACAACAUAAAUGAAAAAAAGAGCACCUCGACAUUAGUAUGCAGGCGGAGUCAUACUAUCACAUUGGACUACUGUCUUCGCAUGGAUACUUGUCUCUCCCUCCACGGGAUGAACAAACCUACCGAGUAGGGUGGGGUGGGGUACCUCUGUACGCAGACAUGAUUCUGUUCUAUACUUGAGGUUUAUCCUUUAAGACGGAGAUGACUCCAAGGGUCGCAAUAUUUUUCUAUUCGUCAAUUCUGUACAGAAAUACUUAGAAAUGUCAGUUUGAAUUAGUUUAACAUGCAAAUGGGUUUAACAAAUAUUAGUGUUGGGGAUAAUCAAGAGAAUAUCUCGGAAUAAUAUAAAGUUCAAAAUAUUUUUUUAAGCAACAAAAUUCUACGAGGUAACCUGAAAAAAAUAAACUAAGAAUAUUUCAACAAACACUGGGCAUUUUAUCCUUAAAGUUUGUAAUAAUCAGGUUUGGGAAAUGAAAUAGAAAAUAAAUAAACUAUAGCACUAUUAAAGGAAGGUGUUGACGAUCUGUUGAGUGAUUCGCGCGGGGUCUUCUUGUAAGGCAUACAUCUUGUAGUCCUAUUGCACAUGUUAGCGCACCUGUCAUUAUAGUCUGCGCACUGUCGACAUGUACUCGAAUGCUUGGUCAAAGUGCAUCAAAGUUAAUUUAAUUAGUCAGAAACGAUAUUGACUAACAAUCAUAACGAACAGAUUUGCACGAGUUCAAGAGAAGGACAAGUAUACUCGAGAAAUGUACUUAGUUGUAUCUAUACGGACAAAUAGGACUAUUAAAGUAAAUGGUUGCUCAAAAAUGUUUGGGUAACAAUCGUUUCAGAACAAU